AAAAAAAGUGUUAUAGUUGAAUAGGGUAAUGAUGCAUUUUCUCUAGUAUAAAUUUUCAAAUUUAUAACCAAUGUAGUAGAUUUUCUUUGUGGGCCCUUCCUACUUGUAUGGAUAUAAAAAGAGGAAGCCUCAACAACUUCUCCCCAUAAUGGACUAUUACUAAAACAAGGUAGUCCACCUACUUCUUUUCAAAUCUUUCUUGAAAAAAAAAACAAAGAGAGAACACAAUGAAUUCUUCUUCUUCUAAUUUUCUCUACAAUCUCAAUUUCAACACCUCUUCCCUCCCAUUCAACAUAAAUGAUUCGGACGAGAUGUUGCCUUAUGGCCUUCUCGCACAAGCUGACUCAGACACUACCACCUUAGUAACAAAUAGUACUCCCAUGGCCGAGCCAACACCUUCAUCAAAGGAAAAGAAUUAUAGAGGUGUUAGGCGUAGGCCAUGGGGCAAAUUCGCGGCGGAGAUAAGGGAUUCAACUAGAAAUGGAAUUAGGGUAUGGCUAGGGACAUUUGAUAGUGCUGAAGAUGCUGCUUUGGCAUAUGAUCAAGCUGCUUUUUCAAUGAGGGGUACAAGUGCAAUCUUGAAUUUUUCAGUUGAAAGAGUUGUUGAAUCUCUACAUGAAAUGAAAUUUCAUGCUGAAGAAGGUUGUUCACCUAUUGUGUCUCUUAAGAAGAGACAUUCUACGAGGAAGAGGAAAUUGAACAAGAAAAAUAAAAUAAGUAGGGAAGUUGUAAAAGAUGAGAGUAAUUCUAAUGUUAAUAUAGUAGUGUUUGAAGAUUUGGGUGUUGAUUAUUUGGAACAACUUUUGAGUUCAAGUGAUCAUAGUAAUACUAGUAAGCAUAUAUAAACCACAUGUCGGCAAUGACGUGACUUUUUCUUCUUCUUUUUUUCCGUAGUUUUUUUUCUCGAGGGGUUCGAUAUUCAUAUUGACAUCCGAUUAAAUCUGAAUACAAUCCAAAAAGUUCCAUAUUAGGGGUAAAACACUCUGA